AUGGCAUCCCAAGCAGUUUCAAUGCCUUCUCUCAGCUCCAAGACGGACUCAAAGCCCGUCGCAAACGCGGAUGCGGCCUCGAAGCCAAAGCCGUGCUGCGUAUGUAAGGACGAGAAGUCGAAGCGCGACGAGUGCAUGCUGUUCUCCAAGGCCGCCGACCCUGCCGCCGACUGCAAGUCGACCAUCGAUCAAUACCGAAGUUGUAUGGCCGGGUUCGGCUUCCAAGUAUGA